CCUACGUGAACCGCUUCGCCGUGUGGCGCGCGGUGAUCCAGUGGCAGAAGUACACCUGCCUCAAGUUCCGGGAGGUGAGUCCCACCUACAGCGGCCCGCACCUCCGGAUCCAAAGGCAUGCAGACGACUGCAAGUCUUAUGUUGGAGUGAUUUCUUCCAGUGGCCAGGACUUCUACAUCUCUGAGGACUGCGAGAGGCAUCAAGGUGACUUAUUGCAUGAGCUCGGGUACGCCAUCGGGUUAUGGCCCACAGAGUCACGCACGGAUCGAGACAGUUACGUGCAGAUCCUCGAGGCAAACUCACUGCCGGAUGUGUCGGCCAACUUCCCUGUCGUCGCCGAAAGCGAUGGCAGCGUCCCGUACGACUACUGCUCCAUCAUGCACCACCACGGGAGGAUAUUUACAAGCAACGGCAAAUUUACGAUCGCUACGCUAAACCCACUUUACCAAGGAGUUAUUGGCCAGCGCCUUAAAAUAUCUCACAUGGAUUACCUGAGAGUCAACAAAAUGUAUCAGUGUUCAGACAAACUACUGAGCCAGUGCUCACUGGCAAGCGACCCUUGCCAAAACUACGGAAUCUUGAACAAGCUGUGCAGCUGCACUUGUCCCGACGGCACAACGGGAACAAACUGCGAGACGGUGGAGACGCCCUACGAAGAAACUUACCUGUCGCCCUUCUCAGAGGUCAUUUCUUCGCCGACUACAUUAACGUCACCUGCCGACAUGUUAUUUCCGACAGAGGUCAAGUUCACGAAGGUCAUCGUGGCACCUGCCUGUCACAGGGUUGUCGCACAGUUUACCAAUUUUGAUAUAUAUCAGAGGACUCUUCACUACGUUGACGAGACAACAACUCAAAAUAUCUGCUGGUAUGAUGCUCUGAAUAUACAGAUAGACGACUCGCUGGAUGGGGAAUGGUACUGCGGAGAAGAGCUGCAGGGACAGACGAUGACAUCGAUCGAUAAUCAGAUGAUCUUGUACUUUAAAAGUAACCUGAACUUUAUGCCGGGCUGGUCAGCUGACAUCGCCUUCGAAGAAAUGCCUGGCUGCAUGAGUACAGUAACUUCAAGUACAAUGGACACGAACGAUGACUGUUAUUGUUUUUCAUCAACUACGUCAACCACAACCACUUCAACAAGUACCUCCACAUCAACAUCAACCACUUCAACAAGUACCUCCACAUCAACCACUCAACAAGUAACGUCAACAAGACAAGAGUCAACAAGUACC